AUGGUAAAGAACCGCUGUUUCUGUUCUUUAGCGUGCACGACGUCAAGACCAGAACUGCGCGUGCUGCUGGUGGGAGAAACUGGGUGUGGUAAAAGUAUGGCGGGAAACGUUUUACUCGGCGCUGACCUCUUUGUUACUGGCGCCGACGCUAAAGCUUGGCCGAAAGAAAAAUGCUUCCGCGGAGAGAGCGAAAAGAUCAGAGGAUGGGACAAAGUCGUGGUUGUAGAUACCCCGGGGAAAUUCUUCUAUAUCGGCGAAGAAGACGAAAAAAAGAAAAAGGGUGAAAUCACCAAAAUAGCAGGAAUGCUUUCUCCAGGCCCGCACGUAAUCAUACUGGUUCUGUCUAAGGUAAAAGGAAACGGAAGUAGAAGAGCAAAUGAGGAAGAAAUUGUGAAGUUCUAUGCAAAAACGUUCGGAAAGAAGAUUGAAAAUCAUUUCGUCUUUCUUUUUGCCGGAGAAGAUGACGAUUACGCAGCAUUGGCAACUUUACACGAAGACAGUUACCUGAAACUGCUGAUAAAAGAAACGCCCAAGAAUUACAUGGCAUUCAAUGUUACCACAGCAAGUAAGCCAAAGUUUUCAGAAAAAAUGCUUAGCGUCGUCACCAAUGUUGUCGAGAGAAAUCGGUGGGGAUUCCACACGGACAAAAUAUUUCAAGAUGUCCAAAUGAAAAAUCAGGAAAGAGAAAAAGAAAUAAGGAAGUAUGAGGAUGAUAGUCACAGAAAGUAUAUCGACCAAUUGAGGAGCGAGCAAAGACGAAGGGUCCAGGACCUGGAACGAAAAUAUGACGAGAUGUUUAAAAAGGCCAAUAUGUCAUAUCAGAAAAGAACACAUCCAGAUACCCUGAGGUCACGGGUUCGAGACGAAUACCAGAACGAGACGGGAAUAUGGAAUACCAUUGAGGAAAUGACAACAUUUCUUUGGAAAGCUUUCAAACCCUUCAUCAAAAAGUUGUUAAAGUAA